AUGGCGACCUUCCUCGAGAACUCGUACAGUCUCGUGCAUCUUGACAACACAGCGGACCAGCCGAGUCAGCAGGACCUCAAGACACAACUGGAAAAGGGCACAGAUGAGACCAAGAUGGAAACCAUGCGGAGGAUUCUCACCAUCAUGCUGAAUGGCGAUCCCAUGCCCAAUUUAUUGAUGCACAUUAUCCGUUUCGUCAUGCCUUCAAAAAGCAAAUCUCUGAAAAAACUUCUAUACUUUUACUAUGAGAUCUGCCCCAAGCUGGACGCCAAUGGAAAGUUGAAGCAGGAAAUGAUUCUUGUCUGUAAUGGAAUUCGGAACGAUCUCCAGCAUCCCAACGAGUUCGUUCGAGGGAAUACCCUGCGCUUCCUUUCCAAACUUCGAGAACCCGAAUUGAUCGAACCGCUCCUCUCCGCCGCACAAACUUGCCUUGACCACAGGCAUGCCUAUGUGAGAAAGAACGCGGUGUGGGCCUUGGCCUCUGUUUACCAGAACGCCCAGCAUCUAAUUCCGGACGCCCCUGAGAUGCUCCACACGUUCCUCGCGGGCGAGAGCGACACAACCUGCAAAAGGAAUGCUUUUGCGGCAUUGAUGAGUAUCAGCCAUGACAAAGCGUUGGAGUAUCUCACCGGAGUCCUAGAUGGAGUGCCCAAUGCCGACGAGCUGCUUCAGCUGGUUGAACUUGAGUUUAUCCGGAAAGAUGCUGUGCAAAACCAAGCAAACAAGGCGCGCUAUUUACGGCUGAUCUUUGAUCUCUUGGAAGCGAACGCAAGCACGGUUGUCUAUGAAGCAGCGACUUCGCUGACGGCUCUAACAAACAACCCCGUGGCUGUCAAGGCGGCCGCUGGGAAACUCAUCGAGCUAAGCAUCAAAGAGGCGGACAACAAUGUCAAGCUUAUCGUGCUUGAUCGUGUUGACCAGCUGCGGAGACGGAACGAGGGCGUGCUGGACGAUCUUACCAUGGAAAUCCUGCGAGUGCUGUCCAGCCCUGAUUUGGACGUCCGACGUAAGGCAUUGGCGAUCGCCAUGGAGAUGGUAUCCAGUAAGAAUGUCCAAGAGAUUGUCAUGCUGCUGAAGAAGGAAUUGAGCAAGACGGUGGUUGAGCAAUAUGAAAAGAACUCAGAGUACCGACAACUCCUCAUUCAGUCGAUCCACCACUGCGCCAUCAAGUUCUCCGAGAUUGCGGCCAGCGUUGUCGAUGUCUUGAUGGACUUUAUUGCCGACUUCAACAAUAGCUCUGCGGUGGAUGUCAUCUCCUUUGUCAAGGAGGUGGUGGAGAAAUUCCCCAAGCUCAGAUCAUCCAUCGUGGAACGCCUUGUGUCAACGUUGGGCGAGGUCCGUGCAGGAAAGGUAUAUCGUGGUUCGCUCUGGGUGAUCGGUGAAUAUUCCUUACAAGAGAACGACAUCAAGGAGGCAUGGAAACGUAUUCGGGCGAGCCUUGGGGAGAUUCCUAUACUCGCUUCGGAACAACGGCUGUUAGAUGAGCAGUCGAAUGAGGAUGGCGAGCCGAAGGAGCAGGUCAACGGCCACGCCGCACCCAAACCAGCCUCUAGUGGAUCACGCAAAGUCCUUGCGGAUGGCACAUACGCAACCGAGAGCGCGUUGACGAGCGAUUCGGCCGCAAAAGCGCGACUGGAGGCAGUCAAAGCAGCACAGAAACCUCCCCUGAGACAACUUAUUCUCGACGGUGACUAUUACCUGGCGACGGUGCUUUCAUCUACCUUGACCAAAUUAGUUAUGCGCCACUCGGAGAUCUCGACGGAUCAGGCGCGUACGAACGCCUUACGUGCCGAGGCCAUGCUGAUCAUGAUUUCGAUUGUCCGAGUUGGGCAGUCGCAGUUUGUCAAGGCGCCUAUCGACGAGGAUUCGGUGGAUCGAAUCAUGUCUUGUGUACGAGCCUUGGCUGAAUUCACCGAACGCAAAGAACUGGAGGUAUCCUUCCUGGACGACACUAGGAAGGCUUUCAGGGCCAUGGUCCAGGCCGAAGAGAAGAAACGGGCCGCCAAAGAAGCAGUGGAAAAGGCCAAAACAGCCGUCCAAGUGGACGAUGUUCUUUCGAUACGACAGCUGUCGAAGAAGAAUGCGGGCGACGGCACCGAUGAAAUGGAACUUGACUUGGAGAAAGCAACCGGCGGCGAUGCUUCAUUCGAAGAUCUGUCUUCGAAGCUGAGUCGUGUGGUGCAGCUUACCGGGUUUUCAGAUCCCGUAUACGCCGAGGCAUAUGUCAAGGUACACCAGUUCGACAUCAUCCUGGAUGUACUUCUGGUCAAUCAGACAACGGAGACUCUCCAGAACCUGUCGGUGGAGUUUGCUACGCUGGGCGACUUGAAGGUGGUGGAACGACCUACUACCCACAAUCUCGGACCACACGAUUUCCUCAACGUGCAAUCGACCAUCAAGGUGUCAAGCACGGACACCGGAGUGAUCUUCGGCAAUGUCGUCUAUGACUCGCCGUCUGGAACAGAUACGCAUGUUGUCAUCCUGAAUGAUGUGCAUGCAGAUAUAAUGGACUAUAUUCAGCCGGCCACAUGCUCAGAGUCCGCGUUUAGGACAAUGUGGACCGAGUUUGAAUGGGAGAACAAGGUCAAUAUCAACAGCAAAGCCACGACGAAGACGUUACGAGAGUUCUUGGAUCAACUCAUGAAGAGUACGAAUAUGACGUGUUUGACACCAGAAGCCAGUCUAAAGGGCGACUGUCAGUUCUUGAGUGCAAAUCUGUAUGCAAGGAGUGUUUUCGGGGAGGAUGCAUUGGCGAACUUGAGCAUAGAAAAGACGGCGGACAACUCGAUUGUGGGAUUUAUUCGGAUUCGGUCACGGUCACAGGGACUGGCCCUAAGUCUGGGGUCAUUGAAGGGUUUGAAGGCCGGCACAUACUAG